AUGCACCCGACAUUUCCGUGGGUGGCAUUCAACUCAGAAGGUGUUCCGACCUUGUCCACGUCCAUGAAAAUGGAGAAGCAAGCAUCAGACACCGUCCACGAAACUACGAUUGCUGGUGUAUCCUUCCCAGCAACAGCAAUGACCCCACUCCAAAGCUUCACGCUCUUCCCCAAUCUCCCCUUCGAACUUCGCAGCGAGAUCUGGGGCUACGCCGCCCAUGGCACUGAUCCUCGCGUCAUCGAAGUCAUCAUUUCAUCCAUGUCCUUCAAGCCAAAAUCCCACACUUCGUCUCCCGCCGUUCUUAGCACGUGCCACGUGUCUCGCGAGUCUGGCCUCAAGGUUUUCGACGCUGUCCGCUAUGGGGUUGAAUUCACCGGCGCCUUGAUCAACUGGGACCGUGACACUCUUUACUUCAACACGGACAUUGAGAGUGGAAAGCAGUUGUUGACCAAUGCCAAGCAACCAGUUUGGUUCGAGAAAUGCCGUUGCCUUGCCUUGAACAGAGUAUGCUUCUACGGUGCCGUUCUCGCUGGAGGCCACUCUACGUGGUUCAAGCAGCUCAAGAAUAUUGAGGAACUCAUCGUUGUCAUGGGCGCCGACGUGAUUGGAGGACAACCACCGGAGAGAACUUCUGUUCACUUUGCAAUUGCAGAGGCUGGAUGCGAUAAGAAGUAUGAGAGGACCGGAGACCACCUGGCUUACGCCUUGUGGCAACUUCCCCACAUCCCACGCGGAGUUCUGGUCCAAGAGGUCGGAGCCGGAGGCAUGGGAGGUCGGAACGUACUUGAACCUAAAACACAAGAGGUCCCAGAAUCAAUCUAUCACCAGCCCGCAACUACACGACUUGGUCUGCUCACCAAAGGCUCCACUGCAGAGCUUUGCGCAUCGACGACAAUUGCUGCCGAGAUCCUCGAGAUUGAGAUGGCGAGACUUCAUCGCUUCUUUGCGGAGUUUCAGGCGACACGCAUGCUCGCUGAACCGGGACUCGAAACGCUUGAACCGUGGAUAUUCAGGGCUUGCAGAGCUUGCAUAUGGACAGAGACAGCGGAGCGAUUUCACACUUCACACAACAGCGAUGCUUUAGCAGCACACACAGCCGAAUUGAAUUGCACAAAUGACUUCAAAUGA